AUGACGGAUGCGGAUGAUACCCUCGCAGACUACUGGGCGUGGUGUGCCCAAAAUGGCGUUGUGAGUAAGAAGCUAUUUUUGCGCAGGAGUUUGCAUGGACUCAUGCCGCAGUUCUCUCUUCACGUUGCUGAAUCUGUACGUGCUGGUGCGGUUGUGGCGACCGUGCCGUAUCUCGUGACGCUUAACACGCAGACGAUUAGGGGGGAUAUGAAACCUGCUGCAGUGCCUCCUGUCCGUGCGAUGUGCAAAUUUCUAACGCGUCGUCGUCGGAUGGAUCUUGUUACAGCACGAUCCUUGUGGCUUGCAAGUUGCCUGGCGUGCUACAGGCGGCUACUUGCGCAGGGGCACUCAUUAAGCAUCGCGCCACUUCUUUCGCGUCUGAUAAUGCCAGAAUUGCCAUCGCCCUUUACAUCAACGCAUAUCCGAUGCUAUCCGGCCAUAGUUGCCUCGCUACCGGAGGGCGUGGAUGUCGCUGCUCUGGAGGAGUCGGUUUUCUCAUCGUUGUGGAAACGCGUGGAGGGCCAGUUGCGUGUCACGCACGCCGCACUUUAUUUUUACCACCAACGACGGGUAACACAUAUACCACGUCAUCUUGUUCCUAGCUUUGAUGAACUGUCCAUGGCAUAUCGCAUGGUACUUCAUCGCAGUCUUUUAUUGCCUAUUGACUGCGUUCCGUCGUCACCGGGUGACUUGGCCGACUUGUUCACUGAGCAACCAGACCUCGAUCUCUUGCCGACGCUUGUGCCAGUCGUUGAUGUUAUUCGAAGUUCCGCCGUGGCCCGGACGCUUUUGGAGGCGAAAGGGGGAGGCGUCAGAGGGAGCCAGGAUGACAGCACUGCGGCGAAUUGUGCACUGUAUACAUGCACACAGUCUGACUUUGUUUCCUCAGGAACUCGACGGCGUGUUGUUUUUGAAACGGAACCACUUUCCAGUCGUCGCGUGGUGGUGUGCGCCACGAGGGAUCUGAAAGAGGGGGAAGAGCUUCUGCUUGACUACGGCUCAGAGUGA